AUGAACAAACCUAAGAAAACGGUAAGUUAUUGAGUAUCAAUCAAUCAGAUCAUUUAUUUUUCUCUCGAAGUCACGAGACGACCACGAUUAAGAAAUUUUGAAGCUAACAAGCGGAGGGGUCAUCUUGGAGUGCGAAAGCCUCUUUCAGGUGAACAAUAAUAAUGAGUGACGAUGACGAUGAUUACAAAACCAGGUAUCCUUCCGAAUUCUAUGAGAGGGGGAGGGGGGUUUAAAAAAUAAUUUCCUUGCCCCCAUACUUCUGAUGACUACAAGCCCAAGAUAACUGCACCUUAAAGAUGAAUGCAAGCAACCUAUUUUAAAAAGAACACGAAUUUCAAAGGAGAGCACGGCUUAUUUUGAGUAACAUUUAUCAUUUAUUCAAUUCCUUGCUUUAGGUGAUCCAAGACUACCAGCUAAUCAUUGUGGUGAUUCUUCUCCUGAUGAUCGACGCUUGCGUCCUUUCCACCUGGCAAAUACUGGACCCCAUAUAUACUACUUCUAAGACAUUCCCAAGGAGGGUAGGCCUCGUCUAUUUCUUUAAUUUCCGUACGACUUCAUUAUGAGCCCUUUUUUAUUUUGAUGGGACACUUUUUUCACGUCGUGGACCCAAGUUUGAGCAAGACUUAAAAGUCUAAUUGAAUGCUCCAUAUAUUUAUACAGCAUUGACAAUGCGCCCAAAGUAAAAAGUUGUUACCUGAAUAUUUAAUUCUGAUGUUUUAAGAUGAUUUUAAUACGUUCUCCAUAAAUCAUUUUUACAUAUGUACAAUGCAAUACAUCUGCUUUGUUCUUCUUGUCCAUGUGGAGCAGAGACAACUAGUAGUCCAGUUUAGGCUGAUAUUUUACCUUUUAAAAGAGUUCGUAAUUUUGCUUCAUUCAGAGUAAUAUAAUUAUAGCAAAUAGAAGUAUCACAGAUGAAAAAAGUAAUGGGCGUAAUUAUCAAAUAUUUCAGAUUGACCAAGACGCAGACAUUGCCAUUUACCCAUACCAGACCUUCUGCACUUCAAAAUAUGAAAACUUAUGGACAGGUUUGCUAUAUGGUUACAAAGGCUUCCUUCUGCUAUUCUGCACCUACCUGGCAUGGGAAACUCGCAACUGUCCACAUGCCAGCGCUAAACGAUUCCAAGCAGAUCGGCUUUGCUGUGUACAAUGUGUUCAUUCCUUGUGUCAUUAUCAUACCAAAACUGAACCUAUUGGGGAGUCACAGUGA